AUGCUGAGAAGUUUGGCUAGGAGGAUAUCGUCAUCUGCUUCCAGCCGAUCCUUAUCACGGCGGGGCAACCCGGGUUCCGACCUGACCCGAUGCUUCUGCUCCAGUAUCCUGCCGGACACACUCGACCGGAGCUCCGAAUCCUUCGCCCGAAACUCGGAAGCCAUGGAAGGCGUGAUUUCUCAACUCCACUCGCACAUUGAAAAGGUGAUGGGUGGCGGAGGGGCCGAGGCCGUGAAGAGGAACAGGAGCAGGAACAAGCUUCUUCCGAGAGAGAGGAUCGAUCGGUUGAUUGAUCCUGGUUCUUCAUUUCUCGAGCUUUCCCAGCUUGCUGGCCAUGAAUUGUAUGAUGAUCCAUUACCAUCAGGUGGGAUAAUUACCGGGAUUGGUCCAGUGCACGGGAACCUCUGUAUGUUUGUCGCGAAUGACCCUACCGUAAAAGGUGGAACAUACUUUCCCAUUACUGUCAAGAAACAUCUUAGGGCACAAGAGAUUGCAGCGCAAUGCAAAUUGCCCUGUGUGUAUCUUGUGGACAGUGGGGGUGCAUUCCUCCCGAAGCAAGCGGAGGUCUUUCCCGACAAAGAAAACUUUGGUCGGAUUUUUUACAAUCAAGCUCUGAUGUCAUCCGAAGGCAUUCCCCAGAUUGCAUUGGUGCUGGGUUCUUGCACGGCAGGUGGGGCUUAUAUUCCUGCAAUGGCUGAUGAAAGCGUGAUGGUCAAAGGAAGUGGAACCAUAUUUCUUGCUGGACCUCCACUUGUGAAGGCUGCUACUGGGGAGGAAGUUUCUGCAGAAGACUUGGGAGGUGCAUCUGUCCAUUGUAAAACAUCUGGUGUAGCAGACUAUUUUGCUCAAGAUGAACUUCAUGCACUUGCUAUAGGAAGAAAUAUAGUUAAAAAUCUGCAUAUGGCUGGGAAUAUGAGUCCACAGAAUCAUAGAACAUCUUUUACGGAGCCUUUAUAUGAUGUGGCUGAACUGCGUGCAAUUGCACCAACUGACCUCAAGCAGUCAUUCGAUAUCCGAUCAGUUAUUUCACAUAUUGUCGACGGUAGUGAGUUUGACGAAUUCAAGAAACUCUAUGGCAGUACGCUAGUAACUGGUUUCGCAAGAAUAUGCGGCCAACCUGUUGGAAUAAUUGGGAAUAAUGGUAUACUGUUUAACGAAUCCGCUUUGAAAGGGGCUCAUUUCAUCGAAUUAUGUACUCAACGCAACAUCCCAUUGAUAUUUCUUCAGAAUAUCACUGGAUUCAUGGUUGGCUCAAAAUCUGAGGCCAAUGGUAUAGCAAAAUCUGGAGCUAAACUGGUGAUGGCAGUUUCGUGUGCAAAGGUUCCCAAGAUUACAGUUAUAGUAGGUGGAAGCUUUGGGGCUGGAAAUUAUGCAAUGUGUGGACGUGCAUACAGCCCUAAUUUCCUGUUCUUUUGGCCGAAUGCCAGAAUCUCUGUCAUGGGUGGGGCUCAGGCUGCUGGCGUGCUGGCCCAGAUUGAACGUGUGAACAAGAAAAAGGCCGGAAUCGAGUGGGCCAAGGAUGAAGAGGAGAAAUUCAAGGCGGGUGUUGUUGAGGCAUACGAACGAGAGGGCAGUGCAUACUACUCGACCGCGAGGCUUUGGGACGAUGGCGUGAUCGACCCAGCAGACACGAGAAAUAUAUUGAGCUUGUGCUUAGCCGCUUGUUCGAAUCGUGGCCCUCAGACAGAGCUCACAAACUAUCGUCUACACUGCACAUCGAUUUAUGUUGCCCUAAAUCGACUCGAUAGCUUGAUAUCGGCUUCAGCCCUAAUCUUGAGAAUGACCAUCUCCACCUGCCGAGCUGCCUCCGCUAACCUGCGCCCCCUCUCAUAUCCUUCUUUCACUCGAUCACUACCGGCGAACAUUUCUCUUAUCUUCACCGUUAAACAGGAUUUUAGCUCCCUCCGACUGAAAUCGAAGUUCUCGAACCAAAGAACGAAAGCAUCAAUGGAAGAGAUCGUGACUCCGAAGAGCAAAGGGAAAGUCCAAGUGUUUGACACGGAGGAUGAUCUGGCGGUGGCGCUCGCAGAAUACACCGCCAAUCUAGCCAAUAGAAUCUCCCGAGAUAAGGGCUUGUUUACUGUCGUUUUCUCUGGUGGUUCUCUUGUUAAGUCCCUCAGGAAACUGGUGGAGCAGCCUUACAUCAAUUCAGUUGAUUGGUCAAAAUGGCACAUAUUUUGGGUGGAUGAAAGAGUGGUACCUAAGGACCACCCAGAUAGCAAUUACCUCCUUGCCUACAAUGAGUUCCUUUCGAAGGUUCCAAUUCCUCCCAGUAAUGUACACGCCAUAAACGAUUCAUUAUCAGCAGAAGCUGCUGCCAAAGAUUACGAGACGCGCCUCAAUCGUCUAGUGAAAUUCAAAGCACUCGACCAAUCUCAAAAUAGUAAAUUCCCCAAAUUCGAUCUCAUGCUAAUGGGCAUGGGCCCGGACGGCCACAUUGCUUCUUUAUUUCCCGGUCACCCUCUCGGUCAUGAAACCGAGAAAUGGGUUUCGUUUAUCAAUGACUCGCCUAAACCUCCCCCGGAAAGAAUUUCAUUCACUCUCCCGGUUAUAAAUUCUUCGGCAAAUGUAGCCCUUGUUGUGGCCGGUGCUGGCAAAGCGAGUGCAGUUUAUACUGCGCUUAGCGAUGUUUCGAAUUGUGAGGUGCUUCCUGUUGGGCUUGUCGAGCCCGAAGGUGAGUUGACUUGGUUCUUAGACAAGGAGGCAGCUUCGAAACUUUGA